GAACUUAAUGGCCGUCUUGGCCGAACAGUUUUGAAACUUCCAGGUUGUUGGAAGUGGAGGCUGUGUGUCGCUUUGAUGAGGCACUAUUUCUGUCCUUGAUAAAGUUUUCGAAACUGAAACCUCCAAACUGAGGCUGUCACACGCUGUCGCCAUGACUGAAAAGGCCCGGCGCUAGAGAUCAGUGGUCUUGAUACUCUUUUCGACAACUUCCCGUAACAACUCGGAAGUGCGUCACAUCUCCAUCACACAUAGGACCACUGGCCGAAGAAGGUCAUCUUCUACGAGGACAGGAACUUCAUGGGCCGCUCUUAUGAGUGCAGCAGCGACUGUUCCGACAUGUCCUCCUACCUGAGCCGCUGCCACUCGUGCAGGGUAGAGGGCGGCUGCUGGAUGGUGUACGAUCGCCCCAACUUCAUGGGAAACCAAUACUUCAUCAGGAGGGGCGAGUACCCUGACUACAUGAGCAACUGGGGCUGGGGCAACAACUACAUCAGGUCCUGCCGCAUGAUCCCCAUGUACAGGGGCUCCUACAGAAUGAAGAUCUAUGAGAGAGAUAACUACAUGGGUCAGAUGACUGAGCUAACUGACGACUGCGACUCCAUCAUGGAUCGCUACCACUGGUCCGGAGGGUGCCACUCGUGUCACGUGAUGGACGGCCACUGGCUCAUGUACGAGCAUCCCCACUACAGAGGCAGGAUGUGGUACUUCAGGCCCGGAGAGUACCGUAACUUCAGGGACUACGGCAACAUGAACUUCAUGAGCGCGAGGCGCAUCAUGGACUCCUGGUAUUAAAUAAAAACGAUCC